AAAAGAACGAAUAAGUUUCGUUUUUGCUGAAAUUUAUGGCUUUCAGCGGCUGGCGGGCUGAGACUGUGUGGCUCCCGCACAUGCGCAGAACGUGUUUCCGGGGUUCUGCGGUGACGUCAUCACAUUGCUUCCGGCUCAAGGAAUCAUGGGAAAUGAAGUUGUAGCUGGUGCUGAUGCUUAAAUAUGCCUUAUUUCUUUACGCUUCAGGGCGUUUUUGGCACAGUCUUUUGGAGAAAAUACUGAGUAGCAAUUUCUCAUGAGGGCAGACCCUCAACAAUGGUCUCGCAAAAGCCAGCUUGAACAGGUGAGUUUUCAGCUGCAUUUUAAAGGAGUCCACUGAGUCCCCUGAUCUCAGGUUCAGGGGGAGAGAGUUCCAGAGUCUGGGGACCACAGUAGAAAAUGAUCUGUCACCUUUGGUCUUUAGCCUGGUGCUCUGCACAACCAGUAGGCUUUGGUCACUGGACCUCAGGGACCUGCUGGGGGUGUAGGGACUGAGAAGAUGAGAUGAGCAGAUGGUAAAAAGUGCAGGGGGCAAAAAAUGACUUUGGAAAAAGUCACAUGCACCCCGUGCCCCCCCUCCUAAAAAACCCCAACUAUGCUCAUGGGUCCCUGGAGGAACAAAAAAGGAAAGCAAGUCAAUGGGAUUAAAAGAGCUAUAUUUUUUCCGGGGACUCAUGGUCCGGAAGUAGAUGGGCGUGGCUUAGGCUCCCUAUGAGUUUUCACAUGGAACAAUUUUACAAAUAUCAGUCUUUUGGCAACAAUCAUUUCUUACUGACUUAAGCCUGAUUCAUGCUUCUCCGUCAGCUCCAAAAGGGAGAGACACGCACGCACGGACGGAGAUGUUUUGCCCUCAUACUUCUCCGUCUCCUGGGGAGUGUUGCACCGCAAUACCCCACCAGGACAACAGAGGGCGUAGCGCUGUUCUGUGGUAUCCUGUCAUGUAUCCGGUCCAAGAUAGUGUGUUUAUAUUGUGUUUCUUGUAUAUACGAGACUUUUUAACACAGACAAAUUUGUCUCUCAUCCUCCUCCACCUCUUCAUGCGCUCGCCACCUCUAAACCCACGUUUCCUGUCAUUUCCAUCCACAAAUAAAACGCUUGAUGUGCAUAUUUCACUCCUCCAGUCACAGGGGAUUAAAAGUUCAUAUUUUUAGAGUAUUUUUAUUCUUCAAGCUUCUCCGUGUCUGCCGCUAGUUAUCCUCGGCUCUCUUUAUGUUUUUGAGGGCACAAUGGCGGCGGUGUAGACAACAGUGGCGUCCUGACCAAUCACAAGCUUGCAUUGUCCAUCUCGACGGACGGAUGUUUUGAAAAGAGAGGUCGACUCCGUCCGUCCUUGCGGAGCUCUCCAGCAGGCCCGCAAGGACGGAUAUUGGCGUUGCGUGUCUCCGCACUAACGCAGACGGAGAAGCAUGACUCAGGCUUUACAGCCAAUCAGCAAGAGUUUUCCUCGAGUCCCGCCUAGUUCAGCUACUUAGUUGAACCCUGAAAUGACCCAGAAAAGCGGUCUCUUUUGGCCAGCCUGGUGAAAGCUUCUACCCUGAAGCUCUGAAGUUCCGACAGUGGAAGCGGGCCUUAUGCCAUUCACUGUUGUGUCCACAGAACAAUCAGGUGUUUUCAAAAUGGCUGACAAGAAAAGGGGAAACCAAACCUGUAACAUGCCCCAGGACAGCUUUUGGCAAACACUAAGAGAAGAAAAAUGCUUUGGCAGUAUGAUCCUAUUUUACUGAAAGCAGCAACUCUAGCUUUCAAGCGUCCUGCACUUCUAAGACUUGACAUCAGCGCUGAUCCAUGCACUUGAAUUGGUCGUGCAGCGCAGCAAAACUUUGGCAUUGAAGUGGUUUAUUUAAGCCUCAACACUUUCUCGUAUAGACUGUAAGCAUUCCUUUUCUUACUGACGCAGCUCAGGAGCAGCUGCCUGCAUAAACGUGUAUGUUGACAUAAAAGCAGGCUGAAUUUCUGCUUGUGCCUGCUUUUCUCUUGCAUUUGUAAUCCAGCUAACUAUGUGGAACCACCUUUUUGUAAGCGUGAGCCUGCAGACUGUUUUCACUGGCGCAGAAAUGAGAUCUUCAGUUUGAUUUGAUCAGACAAACACAGCUAACUUUCACUGGCAGGAAGAACAUGAGGAUAGAGGUGAGACAGGCCCCAAGGUGAGGGGAGGGUAAUUCUGACGCCUGACAGACAGCACCGUUCAGGGCGAUAGGGACAAAAGGGCAAUAAGACAAACCUAAACAGCUUCCUGUCCCACUAGCUGGCACCAGAGCGCUUGAUGACCUCGUCUUCCUGCUUCUGGUGAUCAUGUUCCCACAACAACAGUGUUUCCCCUUCUUUUGAAGCCUAUUGUUGAGUGUUUUUCCUUUAACUGCAGUCCAAAUAUAACCUUGCUAACACUUGUUUUCCUUUGUUAUUCCAACAACCGUAAAAUAUCCUGCAAGAAGAACCAAUUUUCAGCUUUCAGAGAACAUGGCAGCUAAUUUCCUCCAGGUGGUGUGAACUGCAGAGGGGAUUGUCCCCGUCGGGACGCCUCUUCCACCUCCUGGUGAGAGGAAUGAUUUGUGUCAAGCCAGAGAUGAGGAAAUAGGAAUCGAUCUCAUCUGUAGAACAAAGUAACAGGACUGAAUAUUUAAUGAGCUUCUGUCAUGAAUCCAAACUCCUCAUUUCAGGUCCCGUUGAUGCUUGUGAGAAGACUUUUGAAAGCUUUCUCUUCUGUUUCAUUUGGUUUGUUCAGCUGCUAUCAUGUAGAACGUUGUGUUUCCAAGAAGUUUCUCCGUCUUUCUAUGCACCUCUCCCUGUUUGAUGAAGCCCAGAGCCAACAUAAAGAAUAUUCAUGGAUUUGAAUUGUGGAGUAAUUUCCCUGCAGCACGAGCAGAGCAGGCUGAUGCUCCUGCUCCACGCAGAUUCAAUAUCCCACCGUAAAUCUGCUCUGAUUAAGUUGUCAUUGAAUGGCUGUUUUUAAAGAGUUCGUGUCCACUUGGGAAAAAAAAUUAGCAAAAGUUCUCUCUGCCUGAGUCAUCCUGAGUUUUUAACUCUUGUUUUGUCUCCUAAUCAGGGCCGGCCCACGCAUUUGUGGGGCCCUAAGCAAGAUUUUCUUUGGGGUCCCCCAUACAAAUAAGUCAACACCAGAUGAUUCAUUCUUCCUAGACAACACUUUGUGUUUAUGACACCCACUAUCUUUAGCAUAAUUUCUAAGCAGCUUACAUCAUGCCCGUGUUAUUAUGGCUAUUCAUUUGACUUAGCAAAGGAACAAAAAUGCGCUAAUUAAUUAGCAUUUCCAAAUGCAGUGUUAUUUAAGUGUGGUAAAUUAAUUCAACUAUUUGAAGGUAACAUCAAGAGAUAAACACUGAAUUUAUAAAGUGACAUUUACUUUAAAGAAGUGACAUUUACUGUCUUUUCCUCUUAAAAUUUGGACUAGAUGUGUAAAACAUGCUAUCACCACACCAUAAAACCAAAUGAAAAUAUAGGAAAUAAUAUUUAAAUGUUUUUGUUUGUAUUAUUAAGUUAUGAAAACAUUAAGCCAUCUUGGUGCUUUUUAGGGGAGACCUAUGGCAGCAUGGGGGCCCCAAGUUGCUUAAUUUGUGUAUGCCUUGGUCUGGCUCUGCUCCUGAUACAUUUCUAUCAGUUGUUGUGGAUGUUAGAGACUCUUAUAAUAAUGUUCAAGUCUGUUAUGCCUUUAAUUGUUAUUAUCAGGUAAAAGUCAGUUAGCCUUUGAAAAAACAAGCUAAAAAGAGGAAAUGAUCUUACCUGUUGUAGAUACGUUUCUGGAGAAACUACAACUAGAAGCAUAUUUUCAUCACAGCUAAACUCUGUUUUUCCAAACUGAGGAAAUUCAAAGACCUAUUUCCAGCAGGUAAGCAGUUAAUUAUUCAUUUAAAUCUGAAUUUCCCCUUUAAGUCAAGCUCAGAUCUUCAUUUUUGCUGUGAAUAUUUUACAUCUGCUGAUUCCAUUUUACCUCGUUAACUGAACAGAGUUUAGUUUGAUUCAGUGUUGCGAGGAGAAGUAAAUUAUUAACAGGAGUAAUUAACCUGUAAGGAUGCAGUUUCAUUCAUGAAGGGGCACAGAGUUGGGUAUCGCACACACAUUUCCUCCGUAUAUUCUCCUCUACAAACCCAUCUACUGCGUUUUCUAUGAAAAGGUAUCGCAUCAGCUUUUUAACCCUUUUUAACAACUCAUAAUCUCUCUGCUGCUUUUUUUCAGGGUAGGUGCCGAUGUGGGAGCAGCAGUUUUUGUUUUUCUAUUGACUCAGAGUCUAAAUCAAAAAUAAGAUUCCUAAUCCCAGUUUUUUGCGUUCUUCACCUGAAAUAUGAUCUAUAUUUCUUUCCAUGAAAACAAACAGAAUAUUUAUGCUUCUUCUGUGACUUCUUCAAUAUGAUUGCUCAGCUGCUGAUCUGUGGAAAUGAAGAAAUGAUCAAACUGUGCAAAAAGACGUUCGUGUGGAUCGGAGGCUGCUCGUGUUCAUGGGAAAGAAAAUGAAACACCUAACUCAUCCAUCCUGUUGUGAACAAACAGAAAAGUCACAACCAUGUGCUGUUAUUGAUGUUGGCCGUGUUUUCAUUGGUGUGAAGGGACCUCCAACCUGCUUCUGGCCCUGGAUUUUUAUCUGGACUGCUGAUAAGACAGUAUCAGUGUCAGGGCACCAAUAAAACACCCACAGAACCCCAAACUAUCCUGCUAAACUCCUGGAGAUUCAUUCAUUCAUGCAGCCAUCCUCUGCAGCUCCACGCAGGAAAUCUGUUUCUCUUUCUGCGCGGAUGCUGCAGGUUGUUGGAACGUUCCGGGUGUAGCGAGUCAGAGGAGGGGAGACGAGAGAGCGGGGGUGGGGGGUUGAUUGCGCUGCCACUGAGGUUUCAGGUGACGAGUACGGUGCAGAUUUGUCCCCAGAGUGGACAGAAAGCCACCAGGCUGUGCGUCUCCCUGAAUGUUUCUGGAAAAUUCCGUGACCUUGAGGAGUGUUGCGUUACACCUCCCAGUUGAAGGCUCCUCGGCUCGUACCAGAACAGAGACCCCUUUGAGGGAGGCUUCGGACUUUUUGUAUAGUGAAGGGGGAAAAAAAAGGCCGUUGUCAGUAAAUCUCAGAAUUAUGAUAAGUAAGAAGAAAAUCAGCAGAUGAGUUGUUUUCCCCCUGCAGAUUUUUAACCUUUGCACACUUUGAGCCCGUUUGCUCUGAUUCUGUCACUUCACAACAUCCAGAUUUAUGUUUUUAAUUUUCUUACAUUCCCUCUCAUGUUAGAUCUCAGACAGCUCGGUGGAAAGGCUCCAGGGUAGAUCUCUUGUUUAUCUCCCCUCACGCGGCCUCGCCUUAUUUACCAAAGAUGAUGCACAACUCCACACUUGAUAUGUUCAGUGUCUCCUUCAAAACACUUUUAUUGCUUUUAGUCAUCAUCUUUGAUUCCUCCUCCCUAUAUAUAUUGUUAUUUGUGAAUUAUUUUUGUUUGAGAAACAUUUUCCAUGCAAGAGGGGAGAUUUUUCUGAUUAAUCCAAAGCUUCCCAGGAAGUUUCUAACCUUAACUUGCUUGUCCUAUCUUCUACAGCUUUCUCUGAUGUGCUUGUCCUCUCUCUCCUUGUGUGUGUCUUUACUGCAGAUGGUGAGUCAUGCCCUCUUUUUGCCAGGAUCAUCUCAGUGAAUAGCCGGCUGCACAAAGCCGGAGGAUCUCAUCUCGGCUGGUAAAUAAAGCCUUCUUCCUUCCGCGCAGCGUGGGAGAAAGUGCUGCUGCAGUGCUGCUGUGGUAUCUCCUCACAGGCUGAUAACUGGAUUGAAAGCAGCACUGGCCGAUCAUCUUUCACUCUGAACCACACACUUUUCGUGCCAUGCCCCCGUAGCCGGCUGUGAGAACUGGACUGUCGGUGGGAACGAGCGCCAGCUCUCAUGUGGACGAGGGGCAGCGAGGCACAGUGCGCCCAUGCAGAGCAUCUCUCUUAGGGGACCGAAGAUCCACACAUGAUUGAGAAGUCAUGCGAUUGCUCUUGGAUGACCGUACAAGAUUAAGACACUUUCACUGACUUUUUUUCUCCCCAGUAGGGCUGUGUGGUGGGAUCAGACAUAAAUCUGGAAUCGAAUCUUGCUUUAUGAGUUUUCUUCACUGUGAGAGAGUGUCAGAGUGGCCGAGGAAGCCAGCAUGGCCAAGCCUCUCCUGAGGAUACAGCGCUACUUCUGCAGGAAACCUGUCCGAUUCUUCUCCCUCAUCCUCCUCUACCUGACUGCGGGGAGCCUCGUCUUCCUGCACUCAGGCUUCAUCGGGGACAGCGGCUCUAGGGCCCGAGGGGGCAGAGUCUCUGCCGUUGCUUCAGAGACAGGCGGCCGAGCUUCAUUAUCGGACACCCGGGGGAUCGGCAUUGUGAGUCGUGUGUUAAGGGAGACACACAGGCCGGGGCUGAGGAUUGGACCUCGUUGGAUGAGAAAAAGCGGACGGCAGGGCUACAGCACGGAAAGGAAGGGGGGGGAUUACGCCAGCAGCUGGAACCGGGCACUUAAAGGACGCAAUGCCAAAGAGAUUGAUGAUGGGAGAGCAAAGUACAUCGGCUGCCACGUUGAUGACACUCAGAAAAGAGCGCUGAGAGGAGUUUCCUUUUUUGACUACAAAAAAAUGACUGUAUUCCGUUGCCAGGACAACUGUGCUGAAAGAGGCUACAUGUAUGCGGGUCUGGAGUUUGGAGCAGAAUGUUACUGUGGGCACAAGAUUCAGGCACCCAACGCUUCAGAGAGCGAAUGCAACAUGGGGUGCAAAGGAGAGAAGAGCAACAUGUGUGGAGGAGCCAACAGGCUGUCCAUCUAUAGGCUGGAGCUGAGCCAGGAGUCAGCGCGCCGCUAUGGCAGUGCCAUUUUCAAAGGAUGUUUCCACCGGCCAGACAAUGUCACCGCAGCUCUCCCCUUCAGUGCUGUCAUCCAGAACAUGUCUGUGGACAAGUGUGUGGACAUGUGGCUUCAAAGGGGAGCGUGAUCACUGGAGGAGUGGGAGAACGAUCUGUAUCAAGACACAUGAGAGCGGUAGGAAGGAGAUUGAAGCUUUUGACGCGAGCAUCCUUAUGAUCCGUGACCCGUACAAAGCCCUCAUGGCUGAAUUUAACAGGAAAUAUGGUGGACACAUUGGGUUUGCCUCACAGGCCCACUGGAGAGGAAAAGAGUGGCCCGAGUUUGUUAAGAACUACGCACCGUGGUGGGCAUCUCACACCCUGGACUGGCUGACUUAUGGGAAGAACAUCCACGUGGUCCACUUUGAGGAUCUGAAAAGGGACCUGUUUGUGCAGCUUAAAGGAAUGGUCCAGUUCCUGGGUUUGGAGGUUUCAGAAGAUCGCCUCCUCUGCGUUGAGGGACAAAAGGAUGGGAACUUCAAGCGAUCGGGACUACGGAAGCUUGAGUAUGACCCGUACACUCCAGAAAUGCGACAGAACAUUGAUGAGCUUAUCAGAACAGUAGACACCGCUCUGAACAAAAGAAACAUGUCUGGAGUUCCUGCAGAUUACAAGCCAAGAUGAUGAAUGGGAUAUUGUUUUCCUCCUAGAUUGGACUGGACAUGAAGUUUUACAAAUGUUGUAUAUAUUGUAGGUCUAUUAGGGGAAACCUGCCUCUAUUUGCACCUAUUUUCUGUUUUAUUCACCAGUUCUUGGUCAUUCUAUUGCACUUCUGAAGAAAAAUGCAUUCACACAUACUGCAGUCUUUGCUAUUUUGCUAAACAAAACAAAAUAAUUUCUUACACUGUUCUAUGCACAUGUGCUGUGGAGGCAUGUGCUCAUGCCUUAACACCAAGACGGUACGACAGCUGUGACUACAGAGACUUAACACAAAUACUACAACAAAAUCUUGCACAGGCUUAUUUUGUGCAAAAGAAAAAUAUAUUAUAAAAUUGAAAUGUUCUAUUUUCAGCUGCUACCACAGUUCCAGAUCUGUUUUCUAAAUGAGGUUCUCUGGAACUGACUCUGUUCCUCAGAGGGGAACAUGCAAUAUCUAAAGAAAGACUACCCAUUAAUAAUGAACUUGUGUGUUUCCUUUAUUUUUUUCGAAGUUAUUUAUCUUAUUUUUUUCUUAAUCAAGAGUUCAUUGCCUUUCAGUUAAAUGAGUGAUUGCUACUGAAGGAUCUGACUCUGGUAGAGAUAAAGUGCAUUGACCCUUCAUCUCUUCAUGAGUCAGAUAUUGACCAUCAGCAUUAUUUCCUCUGGCAUUUACUGCUCAUACUUGAUUAUCAAUGUUUUAUUAACACUGGAUUUGAUGCAUUAAAAAUAUCCAAAAAGCAACACUUUCCCCCAAAGAUUACUGAAGAUGACAGUCAAGUUUGGGGUUGGAAAUUGUUUUAGGUCUGAUCCAUCCAUUUUCAUCCGCUUAUCCAGAGUUGGGUUGCGGGGGCAGUAGCCUAAGGUGAGAGGCCCAGACUUCCCUCUCCCCAGCCACUUGGGCCAGCUCCUCCGGGGGAAUCCCAAGGCGUUCCCUGGCCAGCCGAGAGACAUAGUCUCUCCACCGUGUCCUGGGUCUACCUUUAGGUCUCCUCCCGGUUGGACGUGCCCAGAAAACCUCACCAGGGAGGCGUGCAGGAGGCAUCCUGACCAGAUGCCCGAGCCACCUCAACUGGCUCCUCUCGAUGUGGAGGAGCAGCAAAUCUACUCUGAGCCCCUCCCGAAUGACCGAGCUUCUCACCCUAUCUCUAAGGGAGAGCCCAGCCACUCUUCUGAGAAAACUCAUUUCGGCCGCCUGUAUCCGCGAUCUCGUUCUUUCGGUCACUACCCAAAGCUCAUGACCAUAGGUGAGGAUAGUUACAUAGAUCGACCGGUAAAUCGAGAGCUUCGCCUUCUGACUCAGCUCUCUCUUCACCACGACAGACCGGUACAACGACCGCAUCACUGCAGAUGCAGCACCAAUCCGCCUAUCGAUCUCACGCUCCAGUUUUCCCUCAUUCGUGAACAAGACCCCGAGAUACUUAAACUCCUCCACUUGGGGCAGGACCUCAUCCCUGGCCCGGAGAAGGCAUUCUACCCUUUUCUGAAUCAAGACCAUGGUCUCAGAUUUAGAGGAGCUGAUUCUCAUCCCAGCUGCUUCACACUCGGCUGCAAACCGCUCCAGCGAAAGCUGAAGAUCACGUUCUGAUGAAGCCAACAGGACCACAUCAUCUGCAAAAAGCAGAGACCUGAUCCUCAGGCCACCAAAAUGGAUGCCCUCCACACCUUGGCUGCGCCUAGAAAUCCUGUCCAUAAAGGUAAUGAACAGAAUCGGUGACAAAGGGCAGCCUUGGCGGAGUCCAACUCUCACUGGGAACGAGCCCGACUUACUGCCGGCAAUGCGGACCAAGCUCUGACACCAGUCAUACAGGGACCUAACAGCCCGUAUCAGAGGGCCUGGUACCCCAUACUCCUGGAUUACCCCCCACAGGGCCCCCCGAGGGUCGCGGUCAAAUGUCUUCUCCAAAUCCACAAAACACAUGUAGACUGGUUGGGCAAAUUCCCACGCUCAUGACCGUUUUAGGUGUGAUGUUAUAGUUGUUUCUCUAAGCAAAUUACACUUUUUUUGAAAAAGCUUUAAAACAACUAAAGUUUGUCGAUUAAAAAAACACUCCGGGAAAAACAUUCAAAACCUGAACAUGUUACGAUACGCUAAGUGAUUUUUCACGUUUCUAAGUACAGAAAGUAUUAAAUACAGGAAGUAAAAAGGAAUGAAAUCAUUAGGGACUGAGCUGACUUCCAUUUCCAGUAUAAUAUAAAUAUAUUUUUAUAGUAUGCAUCAGAAAAAUUUGUAUUGCAAAGAGAAAUUUGGAAAAAAAAUUCUAUUUUUACUGUAUGCUUUAAACUUUACUCCUGCUUUGAUGACAAGCUGGAGCUGAACAGAUGUCACAUCUGAAUGUAUUUUAUACAAAAUGAAUGUAAAGAAAGAAAGCCCAAUAAAUGAGUAUAUCAAUUUAAAAA